CCACCCACACUUAACUCGACUCAGCAUCCUUAAUUUUACUCCCCUUUUCAAUAUCGCCACCCUUAUCCCUCUCCCCUCCUCUCUCCCCCCCUCUCCUCUCAAGUCUCUGAAACUCUGUCUCCAAUGGCCAAUGUCCUCCGAACUUCUCCUUUAGGGGCAACUUUUGCACAACUUCCUUCCACUCUCUCGCCAAACUCCCCAAAACCUUCAUAUGUUUCGUUUAGACAAAGCCAGAGCGGCAGCAUACCUUAUCUCACUCUAAGCUCUCUCCGGUUCUCUCACUUGCCGUCCCUCCGGUUCGCCAAGUUCGUUCCUUUGGCUUCCCAAGGUGAAACCGAAACUACUGAGACCGUGGAGGAGGUUCGACAGCCCGAAGAGAUCGAGGACUCUUCAGAUGGUGCAGUAAGUGUGGAAGAUAGUACAAGCGACGAUGAAGAAAGUGGUACAAGUAAUGAUGAUGAAGGUGAUGCUGAGGAAAAACCUGUUUCAGCCAUCAUAGCAUCACUGCAAUUAUACAAAGAAGCUUUGGCCAGUAACGAUGAAUCAAAAGUAGCUGAGAUAGAAUCUUUCCUCAAAUCUAUUGAAGAUGAGAAAAUAAGUCUUGAAAAGAAAGUGGCCUCUUUGUCUGAAGAACUGUCAGCAGAGAAGGUUCGGAUUCUGAGGAUAAGUGCAGAUUUUGAAAAUUUCCGUAAAAGGACUGAUAGGGAACGUAUUUCUCUGGUAACAAAUGCUCAGGGGGAAGUUGUGGAGAGUUUGUUGCCCGUAGUAGAUAAUUUUGAGAGGGCUAAAACCCAGAUUAAGGUGGAGACAGAAGGAGAGGAGAAGAUCAACAAUAGCUAUCAGAGCAUUUAUAAACAGUUCGGAGAAAUCUUAAGCUCUCUCGGUGUUGUCCCUGUUGAGACAGUGGGGAAGCCCUUUGAUCCGUUGUUGCAUGAAGCAAUCAUGCGUGAGGACUCCACGGAAUUUGAAGAAGGUGUUAUAAUCGAUGAAUUUCGCAAGGGGUUUAAGCUUGGUGACAGGCUUUUGCGUCCAUCGAUGGUAAAGGUAUCAGCUGGUCCAGGGCCUGCCAAGCCAGAGCAGCAAGUUCCUCCUUCUGAAGAACAGGAUGCCAGUGAAACCACCCAGGAGGGCAGCACAGAAACAGAGUCAGCUUAAAGACCAGAUACUCAUUCUAGUUUCAGUUUUGUAUCAGCAAUAGAUAUGAGCACGUGCUGCCUUGAGUACUCAUUUGGAUGUGCUUGAAUGUUUAGUGCUUUAGUGCACUCAAAAUAUCAAUUGGAAUUUUUAUUUGUUGGUGGUUGUGGAGGAACUAAACCUGAUGUACGAACUCAGAGGGUAUUUAGUUGUAGAAAAAUGCCCGACAUGGACCAGCUAGUAGAGGUGGAAAACAAGAAGGUUAGGUAGGUUGUGGUUGAGGAACGAGAGAUUGCGAUAGAAGAAGAAGAAACAGGAAAAGUAGAGAAUUGGGAAACAAAUAAAGAAGCAGGAAUUUUGAGAUGAAAUCAAGGGGCUUUGAUGAGAUUCAUUUGCUGUAACAAUUGGAGUUGAUUGAGAACAAAGAUUCUCACAAAUCUGAUUUUCCAUUUAAAAGGACACAAUGAGUGUAUUUUAUACUUUAGCUGACACAUCAGCUUAACAAACUACAAUGAGUGUAUUUUAUAAUUUCUUUAAUAGCAUUAGAAGACU